GAGGAGAGAAGGGGGUGUAGUUAGUAGCAGGGUGGUGUGUGGAGAGAGUGAAACUUGGAGGAAAGGAGAGUGACGACGAGUGGAAGUGGGAGUUUUUGCAAGAAGAGGACGAGCGGAGUGGAGCGGAGCGGCACUUGUUUUUGCCUUUUUUGCUGUCGAGCAUGUGUUUCAGUCUGGUGAUGCUGUUUCUCUGUCUCUCCCAAACAGGGCUGGAUAAAGUUUGGGCUCGGCGGCAGACAGAUGAUUGGUAUAGUGUGAGCUCACAGCAGCAUGGAGCAUCAACUGGAGCUGACAGGUUUGCUAACCGAGGCCUGGGGUCGUCUUCUGAGCACACUAGGAUGAGCCGGGCCGCCCUGAGUGGAGGAAUAACCAUUGCCACUCUGCCAGACAACAUGACACGUGUAGUGGAGGAUUCUGGCAAGUAUUACACAUGGCGUAGCUUUGGGCCCGAGGACCAGCAUACGAAAGACCUGUGGGUAGACAUGAGUGAUGUCCGGCACGGCCAAGUUAGAGUCCAUGGCAUUCUGUCAAACUCAUACAAACAGGCUGCGAGGGUUGCCCUGUCUUUUGACUUUCCUUUUUAUGGACAUUACCUAAGGCAGAUUACCAUAGCAACUGGAGGGUUCAUCUUCACAGGGGACAUUACUCACCGUAUGCUGACCAUGACCCAGUAUAUCGCUCCUCUAAUGACUGACUUUGACCCCAGCUACUCUAAAGAAUCCACUGUGCAAUAUCUGGAUAAUGGCGAGGUGUUUGUGGUCCAGUGGGAGCGGGUCAGGCUCCCAGGCAAAGAGUCAGAAGGAGCCUUUACAUUUCAGACUGCACUUUAUAAAACAGGGGCCAUCACUUUCAGCUACCGAGACAUACCACUGUCAUUAGACGUGAUCGGCUCAGCUGAACGUCCAGUGAAGACUGGUUUGUCUGAUGCCUUCAUGGUCGUGUCACCCACUUCUGAGUCGUCAGGUGCGCCACAGCAGACAAUCUACGAGUACCAUCGAGUUGAGAUAGAUACCACAAAGAUAACCAACAAUUCUGCUGUUGAGUUCACUCCACUGCCUACUUGCCUUCUGCAUGACAGCUGUGAGCUCUGCCUCUCAUCCAAUCAAACCUCUGGCUGUAGUUGGUGUCAUGUACUCCAACGGUGUUCAGAUGGCAUGGAUAGACACAGACAAGAAUGGUUGGAUUAUGCAUGUUCGGAAGAGAGUAAAAAUGCAACCUGUGAGGAUUACUCCAGGGGUGACAGCUCCACAGAGUCCUCUGUCAUACCAGACGUUGGGACAAUAACCCCUAUGACUCCUCUGCAGAAAGGCUGUGGAAGUGAUGGUGACACUAAGCGUAUAUUGGAGAGUGGCAGCGGAGUGAAAACAGAUUCUUCAACCAAGAGUGAAGGAUUAGCUAACACUGGAGUGAUAGCUGGUGUGGCAACUGCUCUGUUGUUGCUCUUGGCUCUGAUCGUCGUCGCUCUUUAUACCAACUACCAUCCCACUGCUGCCUCACCACUUUACCUCUUUCAGAGACGCAAGAGUUACUGGCCUUCCUUGAAGUUUCAAAAGCAACAGCCUGGCUACACGGAAGUGGAAGGAGAAGGUCAUGAAAAAUACAGCAUUGUGGAAGCUGGGCCGUGCUAAAAGCACGAAUGGAAAUAAGGAUAAUCAGCACAUUUCCACCCAAACUAUUAAAUCCCAAAUACAUUCCAAAGAGUUUUUACAUUAGGUUUGUUCAUUAAAAGAUUCUGCCAUUCCAAAAAGGUUUUGACUGAUGUUGCUGAAUGUCGUUUCAUUUAAAAUUUGUUACAAAUGUAUGAAUAUCUAGUUUGACUGCAAGAAACUGUGAAAUGCAGUCUUAGAAAUGUAUUAGAAAUACACAGACUGUGCUGUUUUUUACACCAAACAAAUAAAGAUGUGGUUGAGCUUAAGUUUCA